GUUCGGGUUCGUUCGAAGAAUUUCUCUCCAUCUAUAUCAAGUAGAAGAGGCCGUGUGCCCCCUCCCCUCCUUACUUUUUUUUUUUCGGACCAACUUGUUUGACCACCGCUUCACUCUUUUAGCGGGCACUCAUUCGUUUGCACAAAGAAAAACACUGUAUACCCAAAUCCAUUCUUGAAUUUCCGUUCUAUCCACCAUGAGGGGUGCUUUCUUGGCUGCCGCGGCUGCCGUUGCCGGUACGGCGAUGGCUGAUGUCGCCCACAUGCGUCGUCAUGAUCAUUUCCACCACAACCGCGCUUAUCAGCCUGAGGCUCCGGCCGAGGGUGAUGAGAAGUGCGAAUGUACCACCAAGGUCAUCACCAUCACUGGCCCUCCCACCCUGGUCCCCAUCAACACCCCGGCUCCUGAGCCCAGCAGCAGCAGCUCUGAGGUCCCCAGCGUUCCCAGCAGCGAAAGCAGCAGCGUCGUGACCUCCGAGGCCGUCACCACCCUCCACUCCACCAGCACUGCCACGGUCACCGUGGUCACCACUCCUGGUGUUGAUGCCACCGGCGUUCAGACUCCCUCGGGCGGUGUCCCUGGCACCCCUGAGGCCUCCUCUCCAGCUGGAACCCCUGAAGCCUCGACUCCCGCUGUCCCCGAGUCCCCUCUCCCCACCCCUGGAGUGACCAGCUUCUCCUCCACCGGUAUCUACACCAUCCCCGCCACCACCGUUACCGUGCGGGACACCACCACCGUCUGCGGUGCUACCACCACUGAGCUGCCCAGCGGUUCUCACACCUUCGGUGGUGUGACCACGGUUGUCUCGACCGCGACCACCGUUACCUGCCCCGUCGCCACCGUUGAGCCCAGCGGUUCCACUGUCACCAGCAAGAUCUACACCACCACCUAUGUCUGCCCCAGCGCUGGUACCUACACCAUUGCCCCCACCACUACCUACGUGCCUACCAGCACCGUCGUGGUCUACCCCACUCCUGCCACCAUCACCCCUGGCACCUACACCCAGGAUGAGCAGACCGUGACCGUCACCCGCACCGACUUCACCUAUGUCUGCCCCUUCACCGGCAAUGACGAGCCCACCUCCGCCCCCGUGGCUCCCUCCACCUCGGCCGUUCCUGCCACCACCACUGCUGCCCCCUCCACCACUUCCGCCGUCGCCACUAGCAGCGCUAGCGCCAGCAGCUCUGCCACCCCUGUCCCUACCGGUGUCAGCGGCCAGCAGAUGGGUAUGACCUACUCUCCUUACACCAACGAGGGUGGCUGCCAGCCCAAGGACCAGAUCCUCAAGGAUGUCGCUCUGAUCAAGCAGAAGGGCUUCACCCACGUCCGUGUCUACUCCACUGACUGCAGCGGUCUUGAGUACAUCGGUGAGGCUGCCCGUCAGAACGGCCUCAAGAUGAUCAUUGGUGUCUUCAUCUCUAGCACCGGCAUCAGCGGUGCCCAGGAGCAGGUGACCGCCAUCAGCAAGUGGGCCCAGUGGGAUCUGGUUACCCUCAUCGUCGUCGGUAACGAGGCCAUCCAGAACGGUUACACUGAUGCUUCCAGCCUUGCUGGCUUCAUCUCCUCUUGCAAGUCCUCCUUCCAGGCCGCCGGCUACUCGGGCCAGAUCACCACCACCGAGCCCAUCAACGUCUGGCAGCAAUCUGGCAGCGCUCUGUGCGGUGCCAUUGACGUCCUUGGCGCUAACCUCCACCCCUUCUUCAACGCUGAUGUUACCCCCGACCAGGCCGGUAGCUUCGUCCGCUCCCAGAUCAAGGACCUUGAGGCCGUCUGUAACAAGGACGUGAUCAACCUUGAGACCGGCUGGCCCAGCCAAGGUAACGCCAACGGCAAGGCUGUCCCCGGUGCCGCCCAGCAGGCCGCCGCUAUCAAGGCUCUCGUUGAGGAGGUCGGCUCUCAGUCCGUCUUCUUCUCCUAUUCCAACGACCUCUGGAAGGAUGCCGGCGAGUUCGACGUCGAGCGCUACUGGGGUUGCAUUGACCAGUUCAAAUAAAUGAUCGUCCGGAUGUCUAUAGUUAAGGAUAUUUAAGGCUUGGAGUUUUUUUUUUUUUUUCUU